AUGGCAUUUGGAAAAAAAUCGGGAGGGGCGGGGCUUCGUGAUCUAGUUAAGCGAAACAAAGAUUUUGGAGGAAAAUUAGUUUGGAAAAUGUAUACAAAAGCAAAUUCAAAGUGGUGUCAAAUCAUGCAAGCUAAAUACUUGGACUCAAGUAAUCCCAUUAUAAUUCUAUCCAUUUCAAAUCCCCCAGAUGGUUCGGCAAUGUGGAAUUUUAUGUUAUCUUCCAGAGAUGUGGUGACUCAAUUUAUUACAUGGCAAAUACACAAUGGAGAAUCUACUAACUUUCGGUUUGACUCAUGGAAUGGAUUCCCCACCUUAGCUCAGGUUCCUCAAUUGCAACUGGUAAUACCAAUUUUCAUUCAAAAAUGGGGGCAUAAGCUAAUAAAUUAUGUAAGUGGAGUUGCUCUUUACUCUAAGAAAGUCAUUUGGAAGGAUAUCGACAUUGACAUUAAAGAUAGUUUAAGAAGACUUAUUGGUACACUUCUAUCACAGAGAACAGUUAUCCUAUUAGACAAGGAAGAUAAAAUUAUAUGGUCCCCUUCUGCAAAUGGAAACUAUACAGUUCAAAAUGGAUAUGUUGCAUUGCAACACAUGAUGAACCAACAACAAUCACAGAGAGAUUUCUUCUUUAGUUGGAAUAGUGCAGUCAUGCCUAAAGGAGGAUGUUUCUCAUGGUUAGCACUUAAAAAUAGAAUUCUCACAAGCAACAAGCUAGCCAAGCUUCAAAUAGUCCAGCAGUUCAAAUAUGUCAUGUGUGACCAGGUAUCUGAGGAUGUGGACCAUCUUUUUCUCCAAUGCCCUUUUGCUCACCAAUGUUGGAGAUUUGUAACAAACAAAUUAGAAUUGUCAAUGGCCUUUCCAAACACAAUUUGGGAUUUCUUUCAAGCAUGGCCUACCCUCUUUAAGUAA